AUGUCUGGACGUGGUAAGGGCGGAAAGGGCCUCGGCAAGGGUGGUGCCAAGCGUCACCGCAAGAUCUUGCGCGACAACAUUCAGGGUAUCACCAAGCCUGCUAUCCGUCGUCUUGCUCGUCGUGGCGGAGUCAAGCGUAUCUCUGCAAUGAUUUAUGAGGAGACCCGUGUUGUGCUCAAGUCGUUCCUCGAAUCCGUCAUCCGUGAUGCUGUCACGUACACCGAACACGCCAAGCGUAAGACCGUCACGUCGCUUGACGUUGUCUAUGCCUUGAAGCGACAGGGCCGUACUUUGUACGGUUUCGGCGGUUAA